GGCCAGGUAGGGGGUAGGACUUGGAGUCCGGCCAAGGCAGAGGCUUUAAAGAAGCCGACCUCCAUCGCCUCGGUCCCUUUGCACCACAGCACCUGCCCCAUAUAGGACGGCCGAGAGCAGCAGCAAGGGCGGCCCAAAUGGAGGAAAGUAAAGGAAAACACAGGGCUGGUUGCUUUGGCUACCCACUUAGUAUCUUCUUCAUAGUCAUCAAUGAAUUCUGUGAAAGAUUCUCCUACUAUGGAAUGCGAGCUGUGCUUGUCCUCUAUUUCAAGUUUUUUCUCCACUGGGAUGAUAAUCUGUCUACCGCUAUUUACCACACAUUUGUUGCUCUCUGCUAUCUAACGCCUAUCCUUGGAGCACUCAUAGCUGACUCCUGGCUGGGAAAGUUCAAGACCAUUAUUUCCUUGUCCAUUGUGUACACAGUUGGGCAAGUAGUCUUGUCGAUAAGUUCCAUAAAUGACUUGAUGGAUGGAAAUCACGAUGGUGCUCCAGAUGACAUUAACAUUCCAAUAGCUUUCUCUAUGAUUGGUUUGGUCCUUAUUGCUCUGGGAACUGGUGGGAUCAAACCAUGUGUUGCAGCCUUUGGGGGAGAUCAGUUUGAAGAAGACCAGGAAAAACAAAGAAGCAGGUUCUUCUCUAUAUUUUAUCUUUCUAUUAAUGCUGGAAGCCUUCUUUCUACUAUCAUCACUCCAAUACUUAGAGGAGUGGAAUGUGGAAUUCACGACAAACAAAAAUGUUAUCCUCUGGCAUUUGGUGUUCCUGCUGCCCUAAUGGCUGUUGCACUGUUUGUGUUCAUAAUUGGAAGCAGAAUGUACAAGAAAGUGAAACCAGAAGGCAACAUCAUGGUCCAAGUCGGUAAAAGCAUUUUGUUUGCUAUUCGAAAUAGAUUUAAGCACCGCAGCAAACGAUUUCCCAAGAGAGAACACUGGUUGGACUGGGCUACUGAAAAGUAUGAUAAACGGCUUAUUACUGAAAUUAAGAUGGUCUUGAAAGUUUUGUUCCUGUACAUUCCUCUUCCUAUGUUUUGGGCCCUUUUUGAUCAGCAGGGAUCUCGAUGGACAUUGCAAGCCACAACUAUGGAUGGAAAUAUUGGUUCAAUUCAGAUUCAGCCAGACCAGAUGCAGACUGUAAACCCAAUUCUGAUUGUAAUCAUGGUCCCCGUUGUAGAUGUUAUUAUUUAUCCUUUAAUUAAAAAGUGUCACAUAAAUUUCACGCCUCUGAGAAAGAUGACGGUUGGCAUGUUACUGGCAGCUUUGGCUUUUGUUGUUGCUGCUGUGGUACAAAUUGGAAUUGAUAAAACUCUUCCAGUUUUUCCUGCAGAAAACCAGUUUCAAGUCAAAAUAAUAAAUCUGGGAGACACUAAAGCAACAAUUGUGACUGCUGGAGAGAACAUUCCCUUGAAUCCAUUUAAUGCGACGGAAUAUAUCACAUAUGAAAUGAAGAUGCCAAACAAUAUUGACAUAUCAUAUCUAAAUGGAUCUCUAACAGAAAAAAUGAUUAAUAUGGAGAAACGACGACACACUCUUGUAAUAAAAAAUAAUCCUAAAAUUGAAGCAAAUCUGUUUAUAGAUGACAUCACAGAAAAACCAGAACAAGGCAAUAAUAUGAUCAGAUUUAUAAACAGUUUGGAUUCAGACAUUAAUAUCACUAUGGGUGAUGUAGCCUUUGGAGAGUUGAGGAAUUUUUCAGUCACCAACUACACUGCUUUUCCAAGUGGAUCAAACAAUAUUGUUGCUAAAAUUGGUAAUAAAGAGUGUACAAUUCCAUCCAUGUCAUUUGGUUAUGGCAGUGCUUACACUAUUAUAGUCACAGAGUGUACUGGCAAGCAACUAAACGUUACAUACAUUGAAGAUAUUCAAGCCAACACAAUCAGUAUGGCAUGGCAAAUCCCCCAGUAUUUCAUUAUGACUUGUGCUGAAGUUGUCUUUUCAGUGACUGGACUUGAAUUUUCAUAUUCACAGGCACCUACCAACAUGAAGUCUGUGCUGCAGGCUGGCUGGCUAUUGACUGUGGCCUUUGGCAAUAUCAUUGUUCUUAUUAUAGCUGGUGCUUCAAAACUCGAAGAACAGUGGGCAGAAUAUAUUCUCUUUGCAGCAUUGUUGUUUGCAGUUACUAUAGUUUUUGCUGUUAUGGCCCAUUUUUACACCUAUGUGGAUCCAGCUGAGGUUGAAGCGCAGUUUGCAGAAGAAGACGAGAAGAAGAAAGAAAAAGAUCAACUGGAGAAGAAAAAACACAUAUAUGAAAAUGAAGCUGGACCUGAGCUACAAACUAAGAUGUGAAAAUAUGUUUGAAAUCAGAAUAAGAAUGUAAAUUAACACGCAGAACAUUGCACCUGAAGCUUCAGAUUCAUAAGGGACAAGCUGGAUAAGCUGUCUUAUUGAACAGGAAAGAGUAAAGAGUAUCACAAAAUGAACACCCAUGCCUGUGGCUGAAGAUUAAGAAAUCAGUUCUCCUGUGAAGAACAGAGAUUUUCAUUUUCUUAGUCAGCAGAAGGCUGCACUAGAUAAAAUCUGAAUCUAGUUGCGCUUGGCCAUUGUGAAAAGACAUUCAGAGUAUUAUUUUUAUACAGAACUACUUUAAUUUUAUAUGGAAGAAGGUAAAUAUUCAUAGCAAAUAGACAUUUAUGUCUCCUGCUAUUCAUGGCCCAA